AGAAACCCUAUGUAUGUUCCUUUUGAGCUCUCAAAGAUCCAGGGCAUGCAGUUUAGCGGUUGUUAUCAGAGUUAACUAGAAAAUUGGUCUUUCUCAAUCGAGAAUCCAUUGAUCAAGAAGCAAAAGAAUAAGAAAACACGCAUAAAGUCGUUCCGAAAUGGUAAAAAUAUGUUGCAUCGGGGCCGGUUACGUUGGAGGACCGACAAUGGCAAUGAUCGCCUACAAGUGCCCUGAUAUUCAAGUGGUCGUCGUGGAUAUUUCAGUUCCGCGUAUCAAUGCCUGGAACAGUGACCGUCUCCCAAUUUUUGAGCCUGGCCUUGAUGAAGUUGUCAAAUCAUGCAGAAACACCAAUCUCUUCUUUAGUUCAGACGUCGAGUCCCAUAUUGCGGAUUCCGAUAUCAUCUUCGUCUCAGUCAAUACCCCAACCAAAACCCGUGGUCUUGGAGCUGGCAAGGCAGCUGAUCUCACUUACUGGGAAAGUGCUGCCCGUAUGAUUGCUGAUGUCGCCAAGUCCGACAAGAUUGUGGUAGAGAAGUCGACCGUCCCCGUGAAGACUGCAGAGGCCAUCGAGAAGAUCUUAAACCACAGCAGUCGUGAUGGUGUUAACUUCCAAAUACUCUCGAACCCUGAAUUCCUUGCAGAGGGUACUGCAAUUGAUGACCUCACUAAUCCAGAUCGGGUCCUCAUAGGAGGACGUCAGACCCCUGAAGGACAGAAGGCCGUGGCUGCUCUUAAGGGUGUGUACGCCAAAUGGGUCCCCGAGGAUCGUAUCAUAACCACAAAUUUAUGGUCAGCAGAACUCUCAAAGCUGGCAGCAAAUGCAAUAUUGGCUCAAAGGAUCUCCUCUAUCAAUGCGAUGUCUGCAUUAUGCGAAGCAACGGGUGCUAAUGUCUCGGAGGUUGCUUAUGCCGUGGGUAAGGACACUAGGAUUGGCCCCAAGUUCUUGAACGCAAGUGUCGGGUUCGGCGGUUCAUGCUUCCAGAAGGACAUACUGAACCUGGUGUACAUUUGUGAGUGCAACGGUCUGACAGAGGUGGCAAACUAUUGGAGGCAGGUAGUCCAGAUUAAUGACUACCAGAAGUUGAGGUUUGUGAACAGGGUAGUGUCAUCCAUGUUCAACACUGUAUCGGGAAAGAAGAUACUAGUGUUAGGAUUCGCAUUUAAGAAGGAUACCGGUGACACUAGGGAGACGCCUGCAAUAGAUAUCUGCUUGGGUCUAUUAGGGGACAAAGCAAAGUUGUCAAUCUACGAUCCACAGGUAAGUGAGGAUCAAAUUAGAAGGGAUCUAACGACGAGCAAAUUUGACUGGGAUCAUCCGCAGCACCUGGUCCCAAGUAGUCCUACAGCUAAAUCGAAGGAAAUGGUGACUGUCACAUGGGAUGCAUAUGAAGCAGCCAAGGGAGCUCAUGGUAUCUGCAUCAUGACGGAGUGGGAUGAGUUCAAAUUCUUAGAUUACCAGAGGAUCUACGAUGGAAUGGAGAAACCGGCAUUUGUAUUCGAUGGAAGGAAUGUAGUGAAUCCUGAUGAACUAAGAAAGAUUGGAUUCAUCGUAUACUCUAUAGGCAAACCAUUAGAUGCUUGGAUGAAGGAUCUCCCAGCUGCCCCUUUAACCUAACAUCCUCCGCUUAGCACUUUCCAUUUUCUGUUUCUUUACCAUUAGCACCAGUUCUCUUGUAAGAUUUACCUAAGUUUUCUUUUCUUUGUUUUGUUUCUUGAACUACUUCACCAAAUCAUCUUCAAAUCACUUUCUUCCUGUCACCUGCUAACUUGUCUUACAGAAAACAAAACAUGAAACCUAUCUAUGAAAAGGAAACUGGUUCUCUUGGACGUUUAAGAAAGAUGUGCAGUUGCUUACUGAAAAAAAACAACGCUAAUAGAUUUCAUUUUGAACAAUUACCAAAUAAGAGAUUAUAUACGCCAACUGUGAAGAAGAACGAGGAAAACGAAAAACUAACUUGCACAAAAAUGAAUAAAUAGUCUAAUCUAAUCUCUUCAGCAUUUGAAGUUCCGUACAGCAUGCUUUAUCUAAUCUAGCUCAACAAACGACUACAGCCGGUAAAUGUUACAAAG